AUGCCCUACUGCGAUCUAGUACUUAAUAGGAGAUUCCCCGCUCCUCUUGAAAAUGGGUUCCUUCCUGGGACACCUGAUUAUAGCGAUCGCGCGCGCAUGGCCUUUCGCCGCGCGAUCUCUUGUUCAGACAUUAGGCUCGCUGUUGACGAACUCACCUAUGAGCUUUAUGCUCCCAACCAUUUUGCUCGCCAGUUUGGUCUUAUCCAAUUGGGGCGCGCACCGCCUUCAAGCAAUCGCGCCGCGGGUUUUCCUCCGGCCACUGGUCCGGCCGCUAAACAGAAAGCAAAGCUGAGCAAGCCUGAAGUAGAGGACUCUUUCUCUGAUGAUGAUGAUCCUCAAACUAUUGCUGCUGCUUUAGCACGCAAACGAAGUCGCGCUGAAUUCCGGACCGAUCUUUGGGCAACAGAUGAACCAGUCGCUGAUCGACUGGUUCGUCGUAGGUUUUCGAGGCAAGUUGGGGAAGGCUCCUCUGCUGCCGGCGAGGGUGUAUCUGGCACGCCAGCCCAAGAAACCAAUGGUGACUCUCCCUCUGCAAUCAAUGUUGCAAGCAACAUGCAGUUGGGUGUAGUUCCGGCGCAAGUCAUAGAUGACAGCUCACCUGAGUUUGAAGAAAGGCUGCCGCUUCUCCAUACUCCCCGCGAGCAACCAAUUCUCCUUCUGGAAUCAGCAGUGCCCGACUCGGGUCCAACCUCUGGUGAGACUGCCCCAAUACCAACAGUAGAUUCCCGCGAGCUACCAGUUGAAGAGGAUCCUAAUGUAGAAGUGGUAGUCGGAGAAAUAGCGGAUGAGGCUCCUGCUGAACCUGUUCCCAAUGUGGUUGGUGAAGAACCUGCUCCUCAUGCCCCCCUAGUCAUCGAAGUCGAAGAAAUAGGAGCACUUCCUGAACCAGUGCCGGAAGCAAUACCUGUCGCGGAGCCUCUUGAGGCCCCUAUCGCUGAGCAACCUACUCCGUCCACCUUAGAACGGUUAGCUCGCGUGCUUGAAGUGACCCCACCUGGGGUUGUAGACGAUGCCAGAGAAGGUCUUCGUCGUCUCUUGGGCCCUGAUAUUCUAACCCCUGGUGCGCCUACGAGAGUUUUGGAGUACCUGAGAGUGCUUCUCCGCGAGGGUGCUAUCUCUGAAGAUCAAUUUCAAGAGGUUGAUUAGCUGCUACAGCAACUCCCGCAAGGGCUCAAUGAGAGGGCGGUCGCGAGCGCUCAAGCCAGGCAGACCGAAACACACUACCAGACCCUUACUCGUCAAACGGACACUGCGCGUGAUUUCUUGGGUGACCAAGCUGACCUCAUCAGGGAUUUGACGCUCGAGAGGAACCAUCUGAGGUCCCAGAUUCAGGCCCUUCAGGCCCGGUUGACUGAUGUCACUGCUUGGCCCGCCCAUGCGGAGCCUCAAUUAGAACAACCCCUUGCUGCCUUCGAGAUGCUGUCCCAAGAACUGGCCGAAGCUCGAGUAGCUGCCCAACAAUCCGCACAAGCCGCCGCGGAUGCUAGUUUUCGCCUGGACGAGCUUUUCCUUCGCUUGACCCAUGCAGGUCGAAGACUCCUGGGCCUCUAGUAUUCCAGUAUCAGGCCCAUAUUUGUACGAACAAUAUAAUUAUUAAUAAUUUAAAUAUUUAGCCCACAUUGCUUGGCCCAAAUACAAGUUCAAAUUUUUCAGGCAGUUUAGCAUUUAACUUGCCUUUAUUGCUUUUGAAAUUGUUUGAAAAGAUAAUCUCGAAACAAAGCGGUUACCUCCUUGAAAAUUGCCCCGCUUCCCACGCGUUUUCAAUUAUCUUCAUUUCCGAGAUCCUUGCAUUCAAUUCCAACGAUACUCUUAUUGAUGGCGUUGAAAAAUCCUCCAACUGCCCAUCGCGUGGUUGAGGCCACUGAAGUUGGUCCUAUAAAUACCUGUACUUUGGAGAAUCAACACUCAAGCAAAUAUGGCUUCCCCAUUAAUAGUCUCACAGACCCUACUUCUCUUCCUUUUGUUUCUGAAAUCCUCUCCUCACGAUCUCAGCCUCAACCCCAACUCCUUAGGUUUUAUGGCUUAAUCUCAAUGCCUGGGUAGGUCUUAUGGCCUAAUCUCAGGUCCAUCCGCAUGUCUUUGGUCUCUGGAAAUCCGAAUGGGAUUCCCCGGUUUCCAUUAGGCUGAAGAACACGCGGCGCUCCUAACGCGGCGAAACCAGAUUCUGAGGGAUCCCUCUUCUCAGAUUUCUCGCGUGGAGCAGGCAGAAGAAGGGCGGAAGACCACUUGAGGCCAGCUGUUCUUCUUCCGCAGCCUACCUCCGGGAACAGACUGUCAGACUUCUGUCAUUCCCCUGGAGGUAGAUGUGGUUGUGAGUCGCUUUCUCUUGGAAGACCUUCUCCAUCCCGGACGGUAAGCCACUAGAAGGUUUGGGAUGGAUUAUUUCCUUCCUUCUGCCUCCGGUACAAAUGAGAGCAGCUGCGACUCACACCAAAGGAGGGAUGUGGGUGAAGAGAGGGAGAGUAUCCAUGACCAAAGCUCAGUCACCCCCUUUGUCACCACAAGAUCCA